AUGGGGAUCAUCAACUGGAUGCAGAGCAGAUUCCAUGGGAAGACGGAGAACAGAAUCUUCGAUGGCGCAACCGCCACCAGUUCAUAUAGAGGCGCUGGAGCCCAAGAGAGACAACAGACGAUCAUUCAGGAAUCAGAGAAGCAUCUCGACGCUGAGCCAUGGCCUCAGGCUGGCCUCCUCUCCAUCGGCACGCUCGGCAAUGAGGAGCCUCCACUGGCGGCAGCGCAGGAGCAGGAGCAGGACCUGCCGGAGUUCACCGUGGAGGAGGUGAAGAAGCUCCAGGACGCGCUGGCCAUGCUCCUGCGGCGCGCCAAGUCCAAGUCGAGCGCCCGUGGCUCCGGGGCCGGGGCCGGGGCCGGCGAGGACAGGCCGCCGCUGGACAGGUUCCUCAACUGCCCGUCCUGCCUGGAGGUGGACAGGAGUGUCCAGACGACGACGAAGCACGGCGAGUGCGACGGCCACGAAGGAGAAGGAGACCUCUCGCCGGACACCAAGAUCAUACUGACCAGGGCCAGGGACCUGCUCGACAGCGGCAGCGGCGGCGGCAGCAUCAAGCAGAGGUCGUUCAAGUUCUUGCUCAAGAAGAUGUUCGCCUGCAAUGGCGGCUUCUCGGCGGCGCCGCCUCGGGGCCUGAAGGACCCAGUAGAGUCAAGAAUGGAGAAGUUCUUCCGAACGGUGAUUGGUAAGAAGAUGAAUGCCAGGUCGGGCAACGGAUCGGCGACGUCGAGGAAAUAUUUCUUGGAGGAUGGGACCAAAGGGAAGAGGCGAGGUGGUCGCCGUUGUGGUUGCCGAGAGGACGAGGAGGAGAGGGAAGAGAGCUGCAGGUGGGACAGAACAGAUUCUGAAUCAAUUUUUGAUGUCACAACAUCUGUGAAUUAG